AGAGAGUUAUUUAGCAAUACUCAAAGCCAUGAAAAGCCUCAAGAGUAUUAUUUUCUUUUCAGUCUUCUUCUGUUUCUUGCUUGUCUCGUUCUUUGUGGUUACCAACGCAGAUCGAGCCCAAGGCAACAAUAAUGGGGUUUAUAUCGUCUACAUGGGAGCAGUGGCUUCGCCAAGUGCUUCGUUAAGGAACCAACAUGCUCAGUUACUGGCCUCUGUAUCAAAACGGAAACAAAAUGCUCUGCUACACAGUUAUGGAAAUGGCUUCUCUGGGUUUGCAGCUCGUUUGUCAGCAGAAGAGGCCCAUGCACUCUCUAAAAAACCAGGAGUCGUGUCUGUGUUUCCUGAUCCGGUAUUCCAACUCCACACAACCCGUUCAUGGGACUUCUUGAAGUACCAAGAUGAUCUCUUAAUCGACUUCAACCCCACUGACUCCGACUCAUCUUCUCUGGGAUCCGAUACUAUUAUCGGCAUCGUUGACACAGGAAUCUGGCCAGAGUCAGAGAGUUUCAACGACAAAGAUAUGGAUCCGAUUCCAACACGCUGGAAUGGAACCUGUGCCGUCGGCAACGAUGACAAAUCCUUCAAGUGCAAUAAAAAGAUAAUUGGAGCAAGAGCUUACGAAAUAGAAGACGGUCCAGUAACGCCAUUCCGUACAAAAGGACCAAGGGACUUUUAUGGGCACGGCACCCAUGUGGCUGCAACUGCGGCUGGACGAGUUGUGAAUGGUGCUUCUUACUAUGGCCUUGCUGCAGGUUCUGCCAAAGGUGGCUCGCCUGCAUCAAGGAUUGCUGUAUAUAGGGCAUGUUCACCUGAAUAUGGAUGCACUGGAUCUAAUAUACUUGCUGCAUUUGAUGAUUCUAUUGCGGACGGUGUGGAUGUUCUGUCCUUAUCACUUGGUGCCGGUUGGUGGGUUCAUCUUGAUUUUGCCGAUGAUCCUAUUGCAUUAGGAGCAUUCCAUGCAGUGCAGCACGGAAUUACAGUGGUCUGCUCCGCUGGGAAUGAUGGGCCAAGAAGUGCAUCAGUUGUCAAUGUUGCGCCCUGGAUUUUGACUGUUGCUGCUUCAACAAUUGACAGAGUUUUUGAGUCUGAUAUUGUGUUGGGUGGAAACAAAGUUAUUAAGGGAGAAGGCAUAAAUUUUUCUGAUCUGCAAAAGUCUCCCGUAUACCCACUGAUUUAUGCCAAGUCAGCUAAGAAAAAUGAUGCAGAUGAAACUGAAGCAAGAAAUUGUGACGCGACAAGAUUGAAUGAGACUUUGGUCAAAGGGAAGAUUGUUCUAUGUGACAAUGAUAAUGGUAUAGUUCCAAUAGAAGAAAAAAUGAACCAGGUGCAGAAUCUUGGAGGUGUUGGUGCAAUUGUGGUUGAUGACGAAUCAAAAGCAGUGGCCUACACUUUUGGCGCACGUCCCACUGCUGUCAUCGGUUCAAAGGACAGACAACAGAUCCUUUCCUACGUUAACUCUACCAGAAAUCCAGUAGCAACAAUUCUACCCACUGUAUCAGUUAUACAGUAUAAGCCGGCGCCUGCCAUAGCAUACUUCUCAGCUAGAGGUCCUUCAUACACUACCAGGAACAUUAUAAAGCCUGAUAUUGCAGCACCAGGAGUUAACAUACUUGCAGCUUGGAUUGGCAAUGAUACAAGCAUCGCUCCAGAAGGGAAAGAACCCCCUGAUUUCAAUGUGAUCUCAGGAACCUCAAUGUCAUGCCCGCAUGUCUCUGGAAUUGCUGCUACUGUUAAAUCUCAGAAUCCAACAUGGAGCCCCUCUGCAAUUAGAUCAGCUAUCAUGACUACAGCUACUCAAACGAACAAUUUGAAGGCACCAAUAACUACAACUUCAGGAUCGAUAGCAACACCUUAUGAUUUUGGUGCAGGAGAAAUCAGUGCAACCGCACCACUACAACCAGGGCUGGUUUAUGAGACCACUGAGCUUGACUACUUGAAUUUUCUGUGUUACUAUGGUUAUAAUGUAUCAAUAAUCAAAAGCAUGGCAACAUCUGUUCCAGAUGAUUUUACCUGUCCCAAAGAGUCAAGUGUUGAUCUUAUAUCAACUAUUAACUAUCCAUCAAUAGCAAUCUCAAGUUUCAAAGGAAAAGAGGGAAGAAAUGUAAGUAGGACUGUCACAAACGUUGCAGGAGAUAAUGAAACAAUCUAUGCAGUAACUGUUGAGGCACCUCAAGGACUAAAUGUGAAAGUGUUCCCAGACAAACUGCAAUUUACAAAGAGUGGGCAAAAGUUGAGUUACCAGGUGACUUUCUCUUCUGCCCUAUCAUCACUUAAGGAAGAUGUCUUUGGAUCAAUUACAUGGUCUAAUGGAAACUACAAAGUUCGGAGCCCAUUUGCUGUUAGCAGUCAGAACAGCAAGACCAUUGUCACUCGUUAAACAAAACAAUCCAUUUAAUAAGUUUCAAUGUAAGAUCUAAAUUAGCAAAUACAAGUGUGAAUAAAUUUUCAAAAUAAUUCCAGAAACCCAAUAUUUCACUUGUACCUGUCCAUACACACCACAUUAACAACAUCUGCAUACUAAGCAUCAAGAGGUAGAAGAAAUGUUACAUAAACAUGUGAAAAUUAUGUUAAUGUAAUAGCUAAACAUAACGUUUGACAGGUAAAGGAGAUAGAAACAGGUUGGGACUUGGGAGAAUAUAUAUACCGUAUUAACACAAA